AUGUAUUUCCACAAUCAUCAUAACGACAAAGUUUUCACUCAACCUCUUUCUAUGAAUAGCAAUAAAUCAUGUUCCCAAUUGCCGGAAGAACUCAUCAUCGAGAUUCUCCUCAGACUUCCGGUAAGAUCCCUCCAUCAAUUCAAAUGCAUUUCUAAAUUAUGGAAAACUCUAAUUUCAGAUCCGCAAUUUGUAAAGCGCCAUCUUCAAAUUUCAACCGCUAAUCCAAGUUUAACCCACCAGCGAUUAUACUUUUCUCAGUUGAAAAAACCCGACAAAAUCGUAUAUUAUCCUUUAAAGCCAUUAUUCGAAAACCUAUUACCUCCGGUUAGCUUCAGCAGCAUCAUGGAGAAACAAUAUAGUAUUAUAGGUUCAUAUAAUGGGUUGUUGUGUUUGUACAAUGUAUAUGAACGUUGUGUCAUGCUGCGUAAUCCUUCUAUCAUGUUCGAAUCCAAAAAAUCUCCACCAGUUUCCCUUGAUUGGACUAUCCAACAUCAUGGCUUUGGAUAUGAUCAAGUUAAUAACAAGUACAAAGUAUUACUUGCUAUGCCUUUAGAAGAAUGA